UGCAUGAACUAUGACAGGUAUAGUCUCAUUGGCAGGAGAAUGCGAAGUCCCAGCGCAACUAUUUAAAUAAGACGGGACUCCUUUGCAAAAUAACAUUUUAAGGAUCACUUCAGGAGCAAUCUGACUACUGAGGCGCAGUAUCGUUUUGAUUCGAUCAACAAAGUCACAAUGUUUCAGAUUAAAAAGAUCUGCUGCAUUGGUGCUGGCUAUGUUGGUGGACCCACUUGCAGUGUGAUUGCUCACAUGUGUCCAGAUAUCAAAGUCAGUGUUGUCGACCUUAAUGAAUCGAGAAUCAAAGCCUGGAAUUCAGACGCACUUCCCAUCUAUGAGCCCGGUCUGAAGGAGAUAGUGGAAUCCUGCAGAGGGAAGAAUCUCUUCUUUUCCACAGAGAUCGACUCUGCCAUUAGAGAGGCCGACCUUGUCUUCAUUUCUGUAAACACCCCAACAAAGACCUAUGGGAUGGGGAAAGGACGAGCAGCAGACCUGAAGUACAUUGAGUCCUGUGCCCGGCGGAUUGUGGAGGUCUCCGAUGGCUAUAAGCUGGUCACUGAGAAGAGCACCGUGCCAGUGAGGGCUGCUGAGAGCAUUAGAAGAAUAUUCGAUGCAAACACAAAACCAAACCUUAACCUGCAGGUGCUGUCUAACCCCGAAUUCCUUGCUGAGGGCACUGCCAUCAAGGACCUGAAGAAUCCGGACCGUGUGCUGAUCGGCGGAGAUGAAACCCCAGAGGGACAGAGCGCCAUUCGUGCCCUGUGCGCAGUCUAUGAAAACUGGGUCCCCAGGGACAAGAUCAUCACCACCAACACCUGGUCCUCCGAGCUCUCCAAGCUGGCUGCUAAUGCAUUCCUUGCCCAGAGAAUCAGCAGUAUUAAUUCAAUUAGUGCGUUGUGCGAGUCAACGGGGGCCGACGUAGAAGAGGUGGCAAAAGCCAUCGGAAUGGACCAGAGAAUUGGAAAUAAAUUCCUUAAACCCAGUAUUGGCUUUGGUGGUAGCUGUUUCAAGAAGGAUGUCCUCAACCUGGUGUAUCUGUGUGAGGCUCUGAACCUCCCUGAAGUGGCAAAGUACUGGCAGCAGGUGAUAGAUAUGAAUGAGUACCAAAGGCAGCGGUUUGCGUGCCGUAUAAUUGACUGCCUGUUUAAUACUGUGACUGGAAAGAAGAUUGCUGUCCUGGGAUUUGCUUUCAAAAAGGACACUGGAGACACACGGGAGUCCUCCAGUAUCCACAUCUCCAAGUACCUGCUGGAUGAAGGUGCGAUGUUGCAGAUCUACGACCCCAAAGUACCGAAGGAGCAGAUCAUUCAGGAUCUCUCCCAGCCCAGCAUCUCCGAGGGAGGCCCGGAGAGAGUGUCUCAUCUAGUUACUAUCACAAGUGACCCGUACGAGGCCUGUGACGGAGCCCAUGCACUGGUUAUCUGCACAGAGUGGGAUAUGUUCAAAGAUCUGGAUUAUGAGCGAAUCUACAAAACAAUGCUAAAACCAGCUUUCAUAUUUGAUGGGAGGCGGGUUCUGGACGAUCUUCAUGUCAGGCUUCAGAACAUUGGAUUUCAGGUUGAAACUAUAGGAAAGAAGGUAACCGUACCGAGAAUACCCUUUACUCCCACGUGUGAAAUCCCCAAAGUCAGUCUGCAUGGUCCACCAGUGAAGAAGGCAAAGGUGUAAAGCAAAUGAAAGCAAUGUGCUACUGUACUGCAGUCAUAAGGGUUACUCGCCAACAAUGACGUUCCUACUUACCAAACCCAGUAAUAUGCACAAUUCUGAAUUUCCAGACCAGCACACAAACAACUUUGUUUAAGCCACUAUUUUCAUUCCUUAUUCUGCCCAGUGGAAAUUUAGAAUUCUGUCCAAUAACGAUUGAUUUGUCAAUCUGAUUGAUGUUAAACUUUUUAAUGUGCAAUUGUUUUCAUAAUGGUUGUGUUUUGUUACCAAUGUGAAAACAAAUUCUUACAAAUCAUGACCUAUUUCUUUUCAGUUGUACUGCACUUUAAUGAAUAAAAAACAACUUUUGAAUUGUU